AUGCAAGAUCAAGAAGCUCCAUAUCCGAACAUCACACCCAUCCCGCCUAGUCACAGUCGACAUCCGUCUCAGAGAAGACUCCGCUCGCUCACAGUGCAGUUGCCGCAAUGGGACGAAAAGUCUUGGCAACCCAGUAGCGAGACAGAUGUCGAGAAGAGUGCACUGUCGCCUGACGCCAAGCCGAGGGAGCAUCACAUGGAGGCGAUGGUGAAGACUACCUCGGAAGUGAAGUUCCCAAGACGAGCUUAUGCACCCAACAGGACGCAAGAACCCAGGACGCCUAAAGCUAUGCCAAAGGCUGGCGUGAUGGGGUACUACUUCGAUGGGCAGAACUAUGUUGGUCUUCAGACGAAUGGGAGAACGCCGCCGACAGGAUCGGUCACACCUGUGCUGUUCGAUAUCGCUGAAGGGGAUGUGCAUUCGCAAUUGCAGGGUACGCCGGACCUGACGUUAGAGCGUAACGUUCGGAACACAUGA